GCUCAGGUAAUCACUGCAGACAACAGACGCUCAGGAUUCGUCCAGGCAUACAUACUUAUUUCAGUUUCAGUAAAUUAAAAUGAUGAAAAUUACAAUUUUUACCGUGGCCGCCCUAGCAUUGGCGUGCGCUUUGCCACAAGAUCAACCUCAGGCGCAAGCUGUACAAAUAGUCAAGCAAGACUCUGAAGUUAAUGAAAACGGAUACAAUUUUGAAUAUGAGACAAGUGAUGGAACUUCAAGGCAAGAACAAGGUGACUACAAAAAUGACACUGAACAACAAGGGCUUUCUGUAAAGGGUAGUUACAAGUAUGUUGCUCCUGAUGGACAGACAAUCUCAGUGACUUUCGUUGCUGACAAAAACGGUUAUCAACCCACCGAAAUUAAGGACGGAGAUAAGCCUGCACAAGCUUAAAUAACGUUUAGGCUACGACUAACGACUCAUUUACAAUAAUGUGUGAAACCAAAUAUAAAGUACUGAAUGUACCUACUCUUAACUUGUAUCAAAAUGUAUUCCAUAACGAGCCACUAAGUACAAAUAUAUUAUGUAGCCCAUAUUGAAUCUAAAUAAACAGAAAAAAAUUCAAAACGAA